AUGACGACUAAAGGCAACAUCAAGGGGCUAGAUGUGUUAGGCAAUGAGGUGCUUUGGAGUUCUCGCGGGGAACAGGUGAUGAUGCAGUGGGAGAGACACUACAUGGAGUUAUGUGUUGAUGCACUGUCCAUUCGACCAACUGAUCGUGUGCUAGAGAUCGGCUUCGGGCUGGCUUAUUCGAGCACUCACAUCCAAAAGUUUCACCCUCGAACCCAUACCAUCAUUGAAUGCGAUUUGGAGACAUUAAGGCGCGCUCAAGAAUUUGCAAAACGACAUUGCGGAGUGAAAGUUGUUGCUGGAACGUGGCAGCAGUGUCUGCCCACCCUGGACAUUUUCGACUGCGUCUUCUUCGAUGAUUACCCGUUACCAGAGCUAGAACAAAUAAACAAUCGUAUUAGAGAAGAAACAGCCAGUGGAAAGCGGUCACGGUGGCACGACUUUUUAGAUGUCGCUUUGAAGCACUGUACUGGUGGAGCGAGAAUCUCAGGGUAUUUGGCACGAGAAGUCGCUUUACAACGCCCUGGGUGUCAAGUCAAGGUCACAAGAGUGAAAGUUGACGUACCAGAAAACUGCAGCUAUUUUCCGUACAAGGAAGCGUUGGUGCCGGUGAUCACGGUUGUGGAUCCGAUUACUGCUGCCACGCUGAUUGAUGCCAAAGCUAUUGCUUUACUUCCACUGCCACACCUGUCAAAAAAAUUUCAGCGGGCAUUUGAGCGUCCAAGUAGCUUGGAAAUAACACUGCAGAAAGGUGCUCCAGAGUGGCGUAAAAAGGUUGUUGACAUUCGAAAUUUUCUAUUGGAAGACGAAGUGGAUGUGGCUAUCGACAAUCAGCGAAACGAUAUAGGUGGUAGUUGUACCAUCGAUAGUGACAUGACUUCAGCUUUAUACAAAAGAGGAGACUCGAGACUCAAUUAUUUGUGCGCACUUAAAACCAAAGCUGCUGCUUCAAAGGACGUGAUCAAGAAACGAUUACAUGAUCCUUAG